UAAAGAGGGUUUAUCUGUUUCAUCUUAGAAAGGGUAGUUUCCUUCUGCUAUGCCCUUUGCAUCUCCAAAAUCCAGAUUGGUUUCAAAGCAAGAACAGUUCUUCCCACGCUGCACCCCAAGAAAUUCAGGCCCUCAGUCCCAUGACGCUCCACCAAAACGAGACACUGGUAUUGCUAACGAGAAAGAGUGGGGCAUCGAUAUGUCAAACGAGAAUAUUAACGAAUCUGGGACUAACGAAGAUGGCAGUACUUGGUAUCGAAAGAGUGGAGAAGACAUUGGUGAAAAUGGAUACCGGUGCCGAUGGACAAAGAUGGGUGGACAGAGCCAUGAUGGCGCCUCAGAAUGGAAAGAAAUGUGGUGGGAAAAAAGUGACUGGACUGGUUACAAAGAACUAGGUGUAGAAAAAUCUGGGAGAAAUGCGGAAGGGGAUUCAUGGCUGGAAACAUGGCAGGAAGUUCUUCACCAAGACGAGUGGAGCAAUCUAGCUAGGAUAGAGAGGAGUGCACAAAAACAAGCAAAAUCAGGUACAGAGAAUGCUGGGUGGUAUGAGAAUUGGUCGGAAAAGUAUGAUGCAAAGGGUUGGACAGAGAAAGGGGCCCACAAGUAUGGUAGACUAAAUGAACAAUCAUGGUGGGAAAAAUGGGGAGAGCAAUAUGAUGGGAGAGGAUCUGUCCUUAAAUGGACGGAUAAGUGGGCAGAAAGUGAACUGGGAACAAAAUGGGGAGACAAAUGGGAGGAGAGAUUUUUUGGUGGCAUUGGUUCACGGCAAGGGGAGACUUGGCAUGCAUCACCUAGCAGCGAAAGGUGGUCAAGGACGUGGGGAGAGGAGCACUUUGGAAAUGGCAAGGUGCACAAAUAUGGCAAGAGCACUACAGGUGAAAGCUGGGACAUGGUUGUGGAUGAAAAAACGUACUAUGAGGCUGAGCCUCACUACGGGUGGGCAGACGUGGUAGGUGAUUCAAGCCAGUUGUUUUCUAUACAACCUCGAGAACAACCUCCUGGUGUAUAUCCAAAUAUUGAUUUUGGGUCAUCUAUGCCUCCAGACGAUGAGUCCCCUCCAAAUAGGUGAUUUCUUCUCAUCUACCUAAGUUUUAGCGGGCAGAGUUAUUGGUAGGAAAUAGUUGGUAUCGGUGGUAUAGUCGAGAUGUGGGCAAGUUGGUAUGAACAAGGCAUCGUCUCAUUGAUCAAGUUUGAUUCUCAAAAGAGCUAGUUACAUUUUGUCAGAAAUUUAUUUGUAAUCUUUUGCUACUCGUCAUUUAUUUCAUUCUUUCAGCAUUGUGGUAUGGUUGGAUUCUAAUGGAAGAGGGAAUUCACCUAUUUUACAUAUCUUGGUUGAAAACAACCUUCUGAGCCUGUUUGGUUUAAUAAUUUUCUGGUUUUAACCAAAAACUAA